AUGUUCUUGGGGUCCUCAUGUAAGUCGUCGUUUGUCUGCCUUCUGUUUAUUUCGAACAGUUUCUGUGACUCAGAUAACGGAAUCUGCAGCUGUCGUCCAUAUCACGUACAGUACAAUGACUCUACGUGCCUUCCUCCUUCUCUGCUAGGAUUUGGAUGUGCUGUCGAUGACCAGUGUAGAGAGAAAGUAAAGAACAGUCAGUGUAUCAGCGGUUUGUGCGGUUGUCGACCAAAUUUCAUUCCACUGAGACGAGACAAAUGCUUACCAGUGGCAAAAGUAGGAGAAUAUUGCCUUAAUCACGAACAAUGUCGCCUUUCAGACAAAUACAGUCACUGUGAUUGGAUAAUUCCUAAUAUCUACGGAAAAUGCCGGUGUCCAUUGGGAUACUUGUAUAGAGAUGAUGAACGCUGUUUACCUCAAUGUCCACUGCAAACUUUUCAGUGUAAUGACGGGACAUGUCUCUCCCGAUCAGCAGUGUGUAAUGGCAAAUGGGAAUGUCCAGAUGGCAGCGACGAGGCCAGGUGUUAUAAAGGAAUAUCCUGUGAUAAACAUUCUUUUCAAUGUGCAAAUGGUCAGUGUUUUCCACAGUUUGUUUUAUGCAACGCAGUAACAGACUGCUUAGAUGGAAGCGACGAGUUUGAAGCCAUGUGCGCAAAAGGUGAAAAGUGCCCUAGCAAUGGAUAUCAGUGUAACAACGGUCAGUGUCGGUCUACAGCUAUCCUGUGUAGUGGGUUAGAUGGUUGUGGGGACAACAGUGACGAAGAAAGGUGUGAAGUGUGUU